AAAAAUUUUCCCUUUUUAACAUUUCCCUUUAUAUAAUUUGUUCUUCAACCUCUCUUCUUGCUCUCCAAUUCUCAAUGGCUUAAAAUAUUUUCAUUUGAUAUAUUUCCUCUUGUCUGGGUUUGGUUUGUAUGUUUUCCUCCUAGAAACUACAAAAACCAGCUAAGCCUAGCUCCACCAGCAACAACAGGGUUCUUUCUUUCCUCUUCUUGUCUGUAUUCUAGCUAACACACACACACUCACUCACUACUGCCCUUGAUAUCCAGUAUUCCUCCCUCUGUUCACUACCUCUUCUCCCUGCUUGUACUCUUCUUUUAACUCUUUCUGCUCACCACUUUCCUUCUGAGCAUCUACUGUACCCUUUUUUUCCCAUUCUCCUUUCUCUCUCUUUCAGGCCCAAACCCUUUUCUUUGUUCUCUAGCUUCUGGGAGAAGCUCUGUGUAGUAGUUCAAGGGUUUUUUUGAGUUUCUGUUUCCAAAAGGAAGGAGAGAAGGAAAGAGGGGAAAAGAAAGCAUUACUGUUUUCUUAGGCCGCAAGAAGAGUUAAAAAAACAGAGGUUAAGGGGGAGAAAGAUGAGUGCUUCCAAGUUCAUUAAAUGUGUUACAGUUGGAGAUGGAGCUGUAGGCAAAACCUGUAUGCUCAUUUGCUAUACCAGCAACAAGUUCCCAACUGAUUAUGUACCCACUGUUUUCGACAACUUCAGUGCCAAUGUGGCGGUGGAUGGAAGUAUUGUCAAUCUGGGUCUUUGGGACACUGCAGGUCAAGAGGACUACAGCAGGCUGAGGCCACUGAGUUACAGAGGUGCUGACAUUUUUGUGCUGGCCUUCUCAUUAAUUAGUAGGGCAAGUUAUGAAAAUGUACUCAAGAAGUGGAUGCCUGAACUUCGCAGGUUCGCACCAAACGUCCCGAUUGUUCUUGUUGGGACAAAACUAGAUCUUCGUGAAGAAAGAGGCUAUCAUGGCGAUCCAAUGAAUUCAAAUAUCAUAACAACUGCUCAGGGUGAGGACCUGAGGAAACAGAUUGGAGCAUCUGCUUACAUUGAAUGUAGCUCCAAGACACAGCAGAAUGUGAAAGCUGUAUUUGAUACUGCAAUUAAGGUUGUUCUUCAACCACCAAGGAGGAAGGAGAUGGCAAGGAAGAGAAGGCAUAGAAGCUCUGGCCGUGCAAUUGCGUGAGUAGAGCUUCUUCUUUUUGGUGUUAUCUGUUCAGAUUCCUUUGCUCACAAUUUCGAUUCAUUUGCUUUUGUUGGUUAGUGUAUUGGAGAAAAGGUUUGUUGGACAUGGAAUGAUCUCAUCCUUGGUCAUCCAUUGCUUUGUUGGCUAGUGAUAUAGGGAGGCAAAAGAUUGAUUGAGACAUAAAACCCAAUGAUUCUUGUCAUUUGAUAUGUUGGUUGGUUAGCUUGGGUGGUGCAAAAAAGAAUAUUACGUUGGCCCAUGCAGGUCUCAAACCUGCGACCUUCGCGUUAUUAGCACGACGCUCUAACCAGCUGAGCUAAUAGGCCAACUUGUUUACUACAAUAUAUCACUUAUUGAUCGUUUUGAACCUUAGAGGAUAAGUGAAAUCAUUCUUAACUAACCUGAGUUUCGGUUUCGUGGAACUUGCAGAAGCAUAAUGUGUGGAGGUUGUGUGGCAUAGGGACGCAACCAGAAAUUGCAUAUGGCCAAGCCUUAGAGCUAAUGUCGAAGUCUCGGAGGCCAGUAGCGCACAAUGUUCAUGUUGUAUUCUUCUUCGUCCUUGUGGUUUAUGUGUGGUUUUGUAGCCUCCUUACAAAGGUGAGAGGAGAGCAAAAAUGGCUUUAGGUGUAUGUGACUGGGAAAUACCAGUGUGAGGGAAUUGUUCAUUCUCUCAAACCACUGCAGUGUUACUUACCAGUUGUUACUUUGUCUAUGUAGAACUUGAGGAGGGAGUUCCUUUUGUAUACCCUGCUGUAUUUGUGUAUGAUGUUGUAAUAGUCCCCUUCUGCUACUUACCUUGCUGUUCCCAGCUUCUUUUGGUUAGUGAAUGAAAUAUGUAUAAGCUCGCGAUUUACGACUACUGUGAUGCUGCGCAGUUGCGAUGCGAGGAAGGCGAAAGGUUAUGAUGUCUUUGCGCCAUACUGCAACCAUUCGUUAACAUGCUGAACAAUCGAGGUGUAGAGUAGAGAUAUGCUUAUGGCUCUACUCGUUCAACAGGAUACACAAAAAACUUACUUCUUUGGAAUGAGAAUUUCGAACACACAGGUGGGAAAUCGAAUGAACUGCAGCUGGUUUUGGAUAAUGGGGUGAAUUCUGAAUUGAAGCCUCAAAUACAAGGUUGGUGGAAGUGAAAUAAAUAGAAGGGACAACUCCUGCCUGUGCCUUUUUCUCUUCCAACUCUUUCUCUAGAGAGCUGACCAGAAGCUGAGAGUGACGUUUGUGGCAAUUGUGAGCG